AAUCUCAUAUACGAGACAUUUAUCAGCAUUUAAGUAUCGAAAUGAAUGAUAUUAUAUGCGUGUUAGGGAUAUUCGGAACGGGUGGAAUUGGUAAGACAACUAUUUCAAACGAUAUUUAUAACCAGAUUUCUUCUCAAUUUGAAGGAAGUUGUUUCUUGAGAAAUAUUAGGGAAAAUUCAAAACAAGCGGGAGGUCUAAUUCUGCUGCAAAAUACACUUCUUUUCGAGAUAUUAGGAACAAAAUUGGAUAUUAAUGAUGUUGAUAGAGGAGUCGGUGUAAUUUGGCAUAGACUUCAAUCUAAAAAGAUUCUACUAAUUCUUGAUGAUGUGGAUGACAUGAUCCAACUAGAAAAAUUAGCUGGAAAUCGUGCUUGGUUUGGUUUAGGAAGUAGAGUCAUCAUAACAACAAGAGAUCAACAUAUACUAGAUAACUCUAAAGUUGAUUCAAAAUACGAGAUGAGGACUUUGGAUGACAACGAAGCUCUUCAAUUGUUUAGCUUGUAUGCUUUUGAGGAAAAAGAACCAUUGAAGGAUUAUGUGGACCUCUCGAAACAAGUAACAAAAUAUGCUCAAGGUCUUCCACUAGCUUUAACAGUACUAGGUUCGGAUCUAAAAGGUCAAAAUAUACAUCAGUGGAAAAGCGCAUUGGAUAAGUAUAAAAAUAUUCCCAACCAAAAUAUUCAGAGAGUACUUCAAAUAAGUUAUGAUAGUUUGGAAGAUAGUGAGAAAGACAUGUUCCUUGACAUUGCAUUUUUCUUCCAAGGAGAACCUUUGGCUAAGGUCAUGGAAAUAUUUGAUAGUUGCGGUUUUUUUCCAAUUCAUGGUAUCCAGAGGCUUAUAGACAAGUGUCUAAUUGCUAUUAAUUAUAAACGUAUUUGGAUGCAUGACUUGCUACAAGAUAUGGGUCGAGAAGUUGUUCGAAAAAAAUCAUCAAUAGAACCUAGCAAACGCAGCAGAUUGUGGUUUCAUAAAGAUGUUCGUCAAGUGUUCGAAGAAGAUAUGGGGCCAAACAAAAUUGAAGGUAUAGUAGUAGAUUUACCUGAAGGCGAUGAGGAGAUAAGCUUGCAUCCCAAAGCAUUUCAAAAUAUGAAGAGACUUAGAGUCUUUAUAAAUCGUAAUGCGCGUUUUUCUUGUGCACCCAAUUAUCUCUCCGACAAGUUAAGGGUAUUGGAUUGGUCUAAAUAUUCUUCACAGUCAUUGCCACGUAAUUUUCAAGGGAAGAAUCUCAUUGUCUUUAGAAUGCAUGAUAGCAUCAUCAAGGAAUUAGGGGACGGAUUCAAGCCCAAGAAUUUGACGACCAUGGCUUUCGAGUUUUGUUGUUACUUAACAGAAAUUCCGGAUCUUUCAAGCACUUCUAAUUUGAAGAAAUUGACUGUCAAAUCUUGUCACAGACUAGUUAAAGUGCAUGAUUCCGUUGGAUCCCUAGAAAACCUUUCUAAUCUGAGUUUUGAGGGAUGCUCUAAACUCCAAAUUUUUUCAAGAAGCCUCAAGUUGAGAUCUUUACGCGAGCUUAAUCUUGGGAAUUGCUCAAGCCUCCGUGAUCUUCCUGAAAUCGAGUGUAAAAUGGAAUGUUUAAGGACAUUGGUUCUAGUUGGCACUAUAGUAGAAGAACUACCUUUAUCCAUUGGGAACCUCAUUGGACUUGAGGAAUUAAAUCUAUGGUACUGCAAAAACCUUAUGCGUCUUCCAAUUGCUUUGAUCCAGUUGCAACAUUUACGCUGGCUUUGUAUUGGUGGUUAUACAAAUAUUGUAAAGAAGAUGAGGGAUGAUGGGCAAUCCCUUGAUCUACCAAAUGAUUCUACAACAAUAGAAGACGAGAUAUCAAAUUCAAGCAAUGGGAGCACUACAUUACAAGAAGUCUAUGAAUAUAAUGCUACUUUGUUUCCGGAAAAUCAGAUUUCAAAGUGGUUGAGUUAUAUUCAUGAGUUUUUAAAAGAUAAUAAAAUGCUGAAGGGGCCUGAUGAUUAUGUCCGACCGAGGAAAAAAGAAGAGUGGGUAAUAGAUUUUGAUGGGCCGCACUAUUUGGAGGAGAUCAGCGGAAUUGUAUUAUAUGUCGUAAAAUUUUUUAAAAAUUCUUGGAUAACCAUUUCAGGCUGGGAGACUGAUAUUGGUGAUGCUAAGAUAACAAGUAACAACUCAAAUCAUGUAUGUUGUAUUCAAGAAGGGGUACAAUUGGUUAAUAUAGAUUGGUACAAAGGGGAAAAUUGGACUGGAUAUCUUGUAUGGGUGGGGUACUCCAACUUACAAUCUUUUGACCUCAAGGUUUUGGACAAUUUAAGAGUUCAAUUUUAUCUCAAUCAUUGUUAUGGGAUGGUGCCGUUUUAUGAAAGCUACAGAGCCAAAGUGAUAUACAAGAAUGAAAGUAGAGCAAAAACUCUUGAUCAACAGAAAUUCAAUUAA